AAGAGUAAUCCGUGAGAUUAACUCGAUUUUUCUACUAAAAACGUUGAACCCUAUAUUAAUCUUCCGUCCACCAAAUUCCGGUCACUCAAAAUCCAAAUCAAACUUCUUUCUCUCUACUCUUGCUUUCUUCCGGUCUACAAUAUUUUUCUCUGCUUUCAAGAUGAUUGAUGAUCAAGAUCUAGGGUUUAUUGCCAAUUUUCUUGGCGUUUUCAUCUUUGUUCUGGUAAUUGCUUACCAUUUUGUGAUGGCUGAUCCCAAAUAUGAAGCAAUUUAAGGAUGUUUCUUCCCAAUUUACAAUGUCAGUUAAUUUCAGUAGUACAUCAUCUAGGUAGUACUAGAAUUUUUGUAAUUCUGUGGAUUUUUUGACUGUAGAUCACCGUAAUCUAUGUAUUUGAAGUAUUCAGAGUGAUUCUCGAAUUGAUUUUGAGCUGAAUUUCAUAUGAUUAAGAGAUGAUUGCAUGACAAUUUGUGAUUUAUAUAAUUGAGCCUUUUUUUGUUGUUGUGAA